AUGACUGGCUCCCACGACGCCAAGCCGAGACGAUUGGAAGCAGCGCCAGAGGCGAGGAAAGUCAAGGCGAGGUCAGAGGUGACCCGAACGCAAGAGGGGCCUUAUUCCAAGCCUGCGCUGCUUUGCUCCCUGACUGCCCCCCAGCGGCUGCCGAUCGGUGCCACAGAGCGAGGCGUGGUCUCGUGGAGGCAUCUGCCGGAGCCCGGCGUCUGCGAUUACUUCAUCCUCGACAUCGAACCGAACGCGGACGGCUCGUACGAUGAGUCACAGUACCGCUUCCUGCUGGACCAGAAGACUUCGGCGUCUCGAUUCCUGUUCACGCUGCCGUCGGGACGGCCGUUCAGCGACCUUCGGGCGCGGUUCGGCCAGCUGCCGUUCCAGAACGGCGCAGCCCAUCUUCGCGAGUCGCUCGGCGUGCGAGGCUUCGGACUGCUGGACGGCGAUAGCGGCACCAGCGGCAGGGCCGUCACGGACAUCGCCAUCCACAGCACGGCACUUCUGUUCGCGGAGCUCACCGCAGGCCUAACUGCGGCUGGAUACGUGGAGAAAGACAUCACCAACUUCUUUGCCCUGCGUCCUGUUGCACUGCGAACAAACUUCGCGCUCUUCGCCAAGCUUCUUCGGGCGCUCGACGGCUUGGUGAGCUUCCUCAUCCUGCUGUCCAUAUCGGCUCCGCGCCCCAUCUGCACCGUGGAAGCUACUUCGGCUUGGGACAUUACACCGGGCUGCUUCGUCAAGGACGACGUGCAGCCGACAGUGGAAGAAUGCCUGCAGCUGAUCGCGAGCCUGCACCAGCCGAAAUCGCAGUUUGCCUUGACCCUGACGCUGAGGAUCGACGUCUUCAUGGGCGUGGACUACCCGCGACACGCGCCAGAGCAAAGUCCGGCCAAGAAAAGCGCCGUCGGCAAGAGCUGCUACACCCACGCGCAUCGCUUCGUGCAAGAAGGGGUGUGUCCUCUCGCCGAGGAAGCCGACAGUGCGACACCGGCCGCGGCGGCUACUAGAGAAUGCAAGUUCGUGGCCGAAGUGUCGCAGAACAAAUGGCGGGUGGAGACCUUCGAGACGCCAGCCAGCAUCGAGAGAACAGUGCGUAUCGACUGUACACCGACAUUGUCACGCAGUAGCAGCAGUGAAAGGUGAACUAGCGUCCAGAAAAAAAAAAUGACACCCAUGGAUCGCGGUCAGCAGAAUCGGCGAUCAUCCAAUGGAAUCCAACUGCUCGAGUCCGCCGUCUACGCAUACAUGCGUGACUGUACACACGAGAACAGUCGGCAGUGUUCAGAUGCGAGAAUUUACUAUGCCAGUGACGUGUCACUCGCGUGUAAUGUGGUUAAGCGUGCCGGGUCUUGCUGACGAAUUGGGGAAAACAAGGCAGGACAAAUGUAGCACGAUGGAAAAAUUAUAACAAAGCAGAGCCCUAGGCUCUGCGCGGCUAAGGCACCUCGAGUGAUCAAACUUGUAAAAAAAUACCCGGAAUGUUGUGGCGCAAGAGAUUGUGGUAAAAAAACACACAAAGAAAAAUAAAAACAGAAGUUAGGUAUCUAAGUGUAUACGUACAAAGCGCGUACACGGAACAAAAUGCACACAUCGAAAAAAAAAAAAUAAUCUCGCGAGGUCUGACAAGGUUCACAGGUCGGUUCCAAAUCGAUUGUGAUACAGAAAGCGCGUAUCGCACGAGAGCGAUGAUAUUGCAGCAGCGAUAACUGUGUGAGAGCGAUCGCCGGCAAAGAUGCGCCAGUAUGCUUUCGCGGCCGUGUUCAGUUCCUUUAAUCGGAACCGUCUUUCGAUCAACUUAUUUGUACUGAAGAGGUCCACGCCAGGAGCUAUGCCAGGUCUCAUAAAACCAGUCUACAAAUGACUGCUGCCAAUGGUAAUCUCGCUAGCUCAUUCAUAGCUUAGGUUGUUUCGAUGCAGCAGUUUUGUGUCAAAUGUCAUUAAAGAGAAGCUUGAGCUCAAGGGCUUCCAUUAGUGUUCGUGGGAAUCGAUAAGUCGUUUUUAUACGCAC